AUGGAUUUGACAUCGUUUACUGAUUACAGUCUGACCUCCCCAAAUCGUCCCAAAUUGGGACGGGCUGCAGUUGCUUGUCGGAGAUGUCGUCGUCUUCGAAUCAAAUGUCAGCACGAGGGAACCCGUUCUCCGUGUCAGAACUGUCAGGGGGGCAAUCACGAGUGCAUCUUUCCUCAGCGAGGCGAGCCCGACUAUGAUCGCGCGUUCAGACAAGAUCGAAGGCGAAUGAGGCAGAACCAACAAGAACUGUCACGAGGGCAUUCCCUUAGUUCGGAUAACGCUUCUUUGCCAAAUGUACUGUCGGAUGGACCAGAAGAUCGGGGUCUAAGAACACAAAAACCUCCUAGGUCGCUUCACCAUUAUCUCCAUGCGCACCCGGGAGCGGAGGGGCUGCAGACAGGAAACACGACACCAACUGCCGCAGCAACGGACUGGACUCUUCUUCCCCCGUUCGAAGAAGUCGUGGAAGGUUGCAAGGUCUUUACUCUGUCCUACUUCCAACUCGGUUUCCUCCCUAAGACCAACUUCUUCGAACGUCUGUCACAGGAAAGAGAUUCCAUCAGCAUCUUUCUCCUCCUCAGUAUUCUCAGCAUCUCUGCCAGAUUUACGACGCGGUUGGUCCAAAGAUAUGGCAAUGGCACGAAGGCCACGGAUUACUUUCUCCACAAAGCUGCAGCCAUGGUCCCGGAUCAGAUGUAUCGGCCUAGUUUGGAUGCCAUUCAGGGGUUCUUCCUGAUGAGCCUUGCAGAGUGGGGCAAGGGUGAUAAACAUCGAAGCGCGAUCCACAUGGGGAUAGCUGUACGCAUGGCUGGCAUGUUGCGACUUCAUCGUGAAGAAACAUACCAGCUUCCCGAAAACGCGACGGCCGACGAGGUGGUCAACGCCGAGGUGGCCAGGAGGACUUUUUGGAUGUUGGAGAAUCACGACAAUCUACAUUCGGGCUACAACUCCCCCGUCUGCUUCUCCCUUGACGACAUCACAACUCUAUUGCCAUGUGAUGAGCAAGACUUCGCCUUUGGUCUGUUGCCCCCUGAACGUGCAGCAUUGAUGGGAACACCGCCUGCCAUUCAACAUCCUGAGCUCACGCAAUCUUCCACACGCUCCUUGUUUGCCACUUUAAUCCAAUCCCAUAACAUUUGGGGUCAGGUAGCUCGCCGAGUGGCUAGCAAUGAAAGACCAAGUCUUCCCCAGAAUCCUAUGUACACAGGCCCGGAUAUACAGACUCGGAAGCAAGACUACCUGCGUCUCUCAAGCACUUUGCAGGACUUUGAACGCAGUCUUCCGCUCCGUCAUAGUUGGUCAGUCUGGAACUUUCGAGGUUUCAAGACUCAGAGAUUAGAAUUGGCAUAUCUAUCAGUUGUCAUGAUGAUCAAGCUAAGCAAUAUCGUUCUUCGACGGAGCUAUCUACAAGAAAUUCUCGCAGACAGCGACGACGACAACAACGACAGCAGUGGCUCUGGAGGCCAAAGUGGUACGACGACUAGACCACGUGCGACUCUGGAGGCCCAGAUAAUUGCGGAAAUGUUCGAAAAUAUGAUCACUUUACAUGAACAGAUCGACGCUUUCUUCUCCUUGAGUUCCCCAGACCAGGGGUUCCCGGCUUUCAUCGUCUUCUGCAUCUACAUAUGCGGCUCCCUGGCGAACCACCUGUUGCAGCGCCCACUGAAGAUCCCAGCCUCUGACACCGACCGCGCCCGAGCGAUUUUAGAAAAGUCGACAGAAGAAUUGGGCAAUUUGCAAGGCGCUUGGCCCAUGGCCAGAUGCUGGAGCGAGGCCCUCGACAAGGCCAAGCAGCUGCAAGCAACGGUCUCCACGCCAAAUACUUUUGACGUUGCUGUUGAGUCAGAAAGGAGCCAGGAGGAUGCCAGAUAUGUGAGAGUUCCUCAUUCUUCGCAGUCUGGUCAACGAGGCUGUUCCUCCGAAACUCUUCUUGUUGGCAGCAACCAUGGUCAAAAGCGUCCUGUCGACGUUGUGGCCGACUCGGGUAGUCAGCAAGACCAUUCGAUCAAUAGCACCUACAACGCCACAGAUAUCCUGGGAUCGAGGCAGGAUCCGUGGAACGACAUCUUCAGCAGCACUGGUUUGACGGAUAAUCUUGAUUCGGAGCUUGCCUUCUACCUAUGGCCGGGACUGGAAGUAUGA